AUUAUUAUUUAAUAUUUAUUAUUAUUAUUAAAAUACUGUAAACUGUUGUCUUUUACUCGUUCCCUCUUUCCUUACUCCUAUUAGAAAUCAGAAUCGGUGUUUUACUGUUUUAUGUUUGCUGGUUUAAAAACAUUUAUUAUUAUAUUUUCAAAUUAUUUCAUUAAUUUUACAUAAGUUUACUAUUUUGUUCGGUUUGUUAAAUCGUUUUGUUUUCCUCAUUGAAAUUGACAACCUACUUAUUGAAUUCAAAGGAUUUUCGUAAGACGUUCUCCCUCAUUACACACACCAAUAGGAAGGUUCACACGUGUAAAUUACAUUCGGCGUCAUCGUCGGUUGUACCCUACCGUGUUGUCUGUGGUAUCUUAGCUGGAAACAUGAUAAGUGAAGAGCCAGAGAUUUCCUUGAUUAACGUAAAGUUACGUUUGGGUACAAUGACUAUGUAUACUGAAAAAAUGUACAUAGACUUGCAAUCGCCCGUCAGCGUAUUGAGAAACAAAAUGCGUGAAAAGGAUAACACUCUGACCGAAGAUAAUUUUGUAAUAGUUUAUUCCGGAAAUGUCAUGGAAGACCGUACUCCUAUUUAUAUGUAUGAUGUUGUCAAUGGAGCUACUGUACAUUUAUUCAAAAAAAUAAAGAUAGAUGAGCCAGAACCUCCAAAAUAUAUUGAUAAAAGUAGCCCCGCGGCAAUAGUGAAACUGGGUGUAGCUUUUCGUUCACUGUCGUUAAAUUCUUCGUAUAAAUGUGCAUUGAUGAAAAUUAGUAAGGCCAAAAUGUUAUCUGAUCUUAUUACAUCUACUCCUGAAUUGAGUGAAGAUCCUGUAGCAAUUACUUUUUUACAACAUCCUGAGCUAUUAGCCAAACUCAAUGAUGUUGAUUUGGUGAAACGCCUUGCGGAAACUCAUCCUAGUUUGGCAUUAGCGGCAAUUCAAAUUUCUGCUGUUGUUCAUGAUCAAGUUGUGCAGAACCACUUGGCAUCAGAUGUGUUGGCCAGAUCUAUGUCUGCUGGCAGUGAUGAUGAUAUGGAAGAUUUAGAUGAUUCAUCCCCUGGAUCAGACACUAACAGUCAACCAUUGAAUAGAAACUUAUCUUAUGCCAUCACUGCCGCACAGCUGGCCACAGCUAUAGCAAAUGUAACGACUCAGCAACAACAGCCUAGUACUAGUGGUGCAAGUACAUCAACUGCAAAUACAGGAAAUGUGCCUGUGAUCCCUAAUACCACACAAAGUCAACCAACUACACCAGCAGUUGAUUAUAGUCAUCAAUUAGGAGUAAUGAGAGAAAUGGGUCUGUACAAUGAACCGUUAAACCUUCAAGGAUUGCGACUAGGAGGUGGUAGCUUGGAAACUGCCAUUGAAUUAGUAUUAAGUGGUUUUGAUAUUUUAGAUACAGAUAAUUCACACCCUCGAUUUUAAUAUUUUAAAAUAUUAAUAUGUACCUAUAAUAUUGUAUUAUAAUGGUUUCAAAAAUAAGUGAUGAUUAACAUUUUGUGAUUUUUCUUCCAUUUGAUUUUUAUCUUUAAUUUGUCAACUUAAAUUUAAAGACAAAUAAAAUAUUAUUAAAUUAAAAAUGUAAUAUUUAUUGCAUUUAAGUAGAAGUAUCAUAACUUCCAAAUGAUUAAAUUUGAUAUUUGUACAUUUCAAACGGAAUAUUAAUUUGCAUUCAACUUAUAUGACAUAUUUCCAGCUAAGAUUACAUUAAUGUGUUUUGUGUGUGGUACCAUGAACUACCUGUACUAUUAGAUAAAUCAUUUUAUUUUCUAUUUAUUUAUAUAAUAUCUACAUAAUAUGUUUAAGAGGUGUAUUAUGCGGUAUUAUGUAUUAUAUUAUUUAUCAGAAAGUAUUAGCAACAAACAUAUAUAAACAAUAACUAUAGGUAUUCAUAGAUUAUAUGUUAUAGUGUCACUAAAUACCUAUUGAUAGUUGCUACUCGUAAUUUGUGUAUUACCAAGAUAUAUAUAUUAUGUUUCAACAAAUAAUAAUGUAAAAACAGUUAUAUAUUUAAAAAAAAUUAACCAAAUAUUUUACAUGCCUAAUACCUAAUACUAACUUUUUUUGUGUGUACAUUAAUUUAAUAAAUUAUUGUGAUAGUAAUUUAAUUUUUAAGAUCAUAUUUUACCAGGGUUAUUCUCAAUAAGAUAUCUGUACAAGACAUAGUUGAAAUAUAUCUUUGAAAUCCUCAGUAAUACAAAAAUAUUAAUUUGAGUUGAAAACAAAUAAAAAUUAAUUUCAUACA